GUAGUGAAUUAAAAAAAAAACUCGAUAACGUUUUACUAGUUUGGCUAAUGAAGUUGUGCGACCCCUCCGUAUUAUUACCAGCUGUUGUCUUUGUUUGAACUUCGAAUAGUUAAUGUAAUGGAACAAUAUUAAAAAAAUCUAAACAAAAAUACUAGCACUUGCAGAUCGUUGAAGCACAUAUCACGUGUGACGAGUGUCUGUCGUGUCUAUUAAGUUAACAUAGAAUUAGCUUUUGGCCAGUUUUAUGAAAGUCCACGCUAUACAUACAUCACUAUAAAAUAAGAUGUUUACCGUAGACAGUAAACAAUUUCAUAUUCCCUUGAAAAAUAAAUAAUGUUCUGUAUAUAGACGUUUACAAGUAGAAGCAACCCUAGUUUCAGAAGCCAUGUAAGAUUAAUUAUGCCGACAGUUAAGGGCAUCUCCAUCCCUACUCCAUUUUUUUUUCUAAAAUGGAGUAAAAGUGAUUAUGGAGUAAAGAAUGCUCCAACCCAACCCCAUAUCUCACUCCAUAAUGAAGUUUACUCCAUAAAUGGAGUAAUCUAUUUUUUGUUUGUUUAUCACUCCAUUAUAAAGUGGGAAAUAGAGUAGGAUUGGAGCAAUUUUAUUUCAUUUUCACUUUUACUCCAUUUUGGAAGAAAAAAUGGUGUUUUACAUUGGAGAUGCUCUAACAAACUUGUAAAAAAACAAAGUCAAAUUAGCAUCCCAGGGUAAAGUCGAUCAGCUAAGUCAACCCAACCUAAUCAUAAAAUAAAACAUCUCACGCCAUCUAUUUUAUGUUUUUUUUUUUUGCUUAUGAAUUAAUUUUCAAAUACGAUGGUUGGAAAAUUAAUAAUCAUUAUAUUUCGAUAGCGUAAAAGAAACAGAUUAUUCUCUUGGAAAAUUUACAGUUGAUUUUAAUCAUGUUGUUGUUAUGUGUCGUGUGUAAUGGAGGGCAGGUCCAUAGCUGUUUCGUACUGUACUUCUGAGUAUUUUCAUAUUCAGUUUGUAAUUAAUAAAUGUUUCUUAUAUUAAUCUUUUUGACUAACCAACAAUAAUAAUAUUGUAUUUAAUUCUAUAUUCUAUAGUCAUAUCCACGACAUUUUGUGUAUAUAUUCAGGCGCAGAUAAUCCAAAAAUUUGCAUAUCUUAUCUUUAAACAAUACAAAGAAACCUCAAAUCCAAUCCAAACAAAAACCAAAUAUCUUCGUUUGUCUGAAUGGAGAGAAGUUCAAUGAAAGCUAAGCACGAUCUUGAUCAUCUUCCUCACCAAAGCUUUUAUGGAGAUUACUCAAAAACUUUGGUUCCCAAGAACAAGAACUCCCAAAUAAUUACCAAGAUCAAGCCUAAGAUCCGUAUCAUACAUAUAUUUGCGCCGGAGAUCAUCAACACCGACGUCAAGAACUUCCGUACACUUGUCCAAAGUCUGACCGGAAAAACGGAGAUAACCAAAACAAGUCCUAAGAAAAAGACAAAUAUUCCUGCGCCACAGCCUCCACCUCAAGAAUCCGGCCAAGAACAUACGGCGGAGCUGGUGAACAGUAUCAUAGGGAGCCACGUGGUGAAAGAAGAAUGGAGAUCAGGUUCGAACACAAACACUUACUUUGAUUUAGAUGGUUUGAUUGAUCUUGACGAAGACGACAACAUAUUCUCAAGUCGAUGGUUUGAUCUUCAAGUGCAAUAAACUAAAGUAAUCACACUUUGCCCUAAAUCUAGGGCUUCUACUAAACUUGCGAUGGUUCCUAUUGGUUCUGAUGAUUUAAUCAUACGUUCGACUUGGGAUGUAACAAGACAUGGUUAGAGACAUUGACCAUCAUGGUGCUCGAGUUGAGACGACGAUCAUCAUAUCGGUAGCGGGUAUACAUUAUUUGCAUAGAUAUAUACACAUGUUUGGAUUUUUUUGGGUGCUAUUUGAUACAACUUGGUAGGCUGAGACUUUGCCAAGAAAGAGUGUGUAUUGAAGAGUUCAACUUGGUGGACUGAUUUUGCCGUGAGAAGUAAGUUUGAGUUUAUGUAAAAACUCAGCUUAAAAUUGGUGUAACACGUUGUACUCACACAUGCGUGUAUUAACUCUUUUUGAUGUAUUUGUGAUUGACUUUUGCGUUGCACAAGUUUAUAUAUAUGAAAAGGCGAGAAUGAUUGCUGAUGAUGGAAUUGUUUUGUUUCAUCGUGAAAGAUAAAUAUAUGAUUAUUGGAAGCAAGUAAAAUAAAAGUAACAACAUGAUCUUUACCGGAUAACUAUAGUAUUCUCAGUUCUGGAUGUCUGAUAUAUUUGUUCCAAUCUCAAUCAAUAACAUUAUCAGUUUAUUUUGGGAUGACAUAAUGAGAACUGUCGUAAAAAGAUAUAAGAUGACAUGUAAUGUUUUUGUAAAUAAUCAUUAAAGCUACCUUCACUAUUUUUAAUAGUUGGGUUACAUCAUUCAAUGGUUACAUUCUUUAUAAAUUAUAAUGGCAAAGUUUACUAAUGGAGAAAUAAGAAUUUCAAACCGUCCAUUCGACCUAAGUAACGAAUGCUAUGCUGGCUUCAAAGUUUUGUUUCUUUCGUGAAAAAAAUAUACUUAUUUUAUUUGCUUGACAUUUUUACUUUCUUCAAUAAAACAAGUCAUUGAUACCAUAAGUAUAUACUUUUUUAAAAUUGUCAAUUACCCAUAAGUAUAUACUUAUGAUACCCUAUAAGUAUAUACCAAACAGCUACUUUUAAUACUGUCUUUUAUUUUAGGCGUUAGAAUAGUUGCAAGUGCUUCGAAUCUUGCGAGUCACGGAACUGGAUGAGAUAUAAUCCCAUAACGAACCAACCUGAACGGAUUAUAACCUCAUUGGUUUGGCUCUUCAUUUAGUUUAUUGUUCCGGUUUAGUAGGAAGAAUCCGAGUUUUGGAUUGGUUAUGUUGUAGUACCUGAUGAACACUCAUCAAGGCUGCAAAUAAUUUCAUUAUCUCUCGAUUGAUCGCUAAACUGAACGUGAAUAAUAUUAUAUGAGUUGAUAAAUAUUUUUGAAUAAUAUACAGGUAUACCUCAGAUUAAAAUGUGUAUCAAAUUUUUAUGAAA